AUGCCUCGAUUUCUGCAGGACUCUUCAUGGGAACAUCACAGUCACUGCUAUUUCCUGGACCAGUUCACUUUACCAACAGAACCAGAUGGUAGUCCUGGCCCCCUCGACUUCAUUCCGUUGUUGUACACAUUAUGUCAAAAUGAGAAGGCUGAUGGGGUGCCCUUGGCUAGCUUGGGUGCAGCACUGGAUGCUGCAGCAUUUGUAUCAAAGGUGAAUCAUGCAGAGGUGUCAUUUCUUGAAGUUAAGGCUCGGAGGAGGUAUGGCCAAGCUCUAAAACAGUUGAACCUGGCGCUGGAAUCGGUAAAAGAUGCUGUUCAAGAUGGAACGCUGGGGACGAUGGUUAUGCUCAUGCUGUUUGAAGAUAUCAACAGUGAGCGUCAGAGCCUCAUGAGUACCCACGUCACUGGGAUUCAGCACCUUCUCAAGCUGCGGGGGUCAAAACAACUUAGUGAUCCCGCAACUCGAUCUCUCUUUCACUUUGCGUUCACGCAAAAGGUAUGGGCUAUUUCCAGUGAUGGACGUGUGUUUGACUGA